AUGUCCUCGUCUUCUUCUUCUCCCGUUGCUGACACUCAAGUGAAACAGGACCACGCUGUACCACUCAGUGGAGAGGACGCUAAAGAUGGGCUCCUCCCCAGGGACUUCUCCCACGUCACUUGGCGGUCCUCUUCCCCAUUUGCCGCUACUCCGGAUCCAUUCUUGGACCUCCCGACGUAUCCUAUUGGAUGUCUAUCAAUUCCUAGUACUGCUGAUGCUGCUGCUGCUUCGGCUGUCGCUGAACAGAAUGGUGAGUUGCAGCGUGAACCGCCAGGACUCCUACCGUAUGGCGAGAGAGCAUCCCCACUUUUCCCGACGCCAAUGGGGGACAGUGGAGGAGACUCUGACAACAUCACUAUGACUUUCAGGCCUAUGGCCAACACAUGCAGCAUGUUGGACGCGGCCCAGGUCUUUCCCACUGCCCCGCCCCCCGGCGGCUCACAGCAGCGCAAGGCUGGGCGACAGCGGUCCUUGUCGGAGAGCUCCGUCUCCAGUUGGGAGGACUCCUCGGGGAGUUCUUUGGAGGAAUGCCCAUCUGGCCCUAUUCCCAAUCCUCGAGAAGCUGCCGGACCUCUUGAGAGAGCUCUAGCCGAGGCCGCCCAGACUGGUCGCGGACUACAGGAGCGUGAUGGGAUGACCAUGUCGGCUCCCCCACCUAGAUACACUGCUGGAUAUCUUCCUAAUUCGCUGCCGUUCAACGGCAUUUCGCCACUCCUGGCUGGCAACGAGUAUGACAUAGUCCAACAGCUGGCUCUACUACAGCAACAAGCAUGGGUUUUGGGCCAACUACAUGCCACCAAUGAGAUCUUUCGGAACUAUAAUAUCAACCCGACAAACCCUACUGAGCCGUACCAGAAGCAGCAGCAGCCGGCGCCCACUACCAGGACCUCGGUGAAGCGUAACCAGCGCAAGGAGAGGGGAGGAGGACGGACGGAGCGUAGCGGCAGUGCGGGUCCGACCAAGGGAAGAAGACAAUCGGGAACAUCACUGGCUGGUCGGGUGGUUUCCCUGGCCGUGGGGGGCGCUGGCUCUCGACUCCUACAGGGGCAUCUUUCAUCUGGUGUUGCCUCCCCUGAAGAGAUCCGUUCCUUUGUGGAGGAGUGUCGGCCUUCUAUUCGCAUGCUGGCUACUGACCGUUAUGGGAACUAUUUCAUACAAGAGCUCUGCCACUACAUCGAUCCUUCUGAUGUCUGCAUCCUCUUGAAGGAGCUGGUCACUGCCCCGGGACUUGGAUCGAAGGUCCUCCUUGAAAUGGGGUGUCGAUUGAAGGCGAACAGACAAAACCCUCCUGAUGGCAUCAUCGAAAUUGCCGAAGUGCUCCAAGAUAAGUUGUCGGAUCUGUUGAAUGAGCCCUCCUGCUUCACGCUGUUGGAAGCUGUUGCGGAUGUACUCCCUACUGGAGUCCACGUGGAUCAGUUCGUUGACGCAGUUAUCUACACCAUUGAGAACCUUCUCGGAGUAGCGAACAACCGUAACGGAAGCCUAUUGCUAUCUACUUGUGUCAUGCGCAAGCCUGAUUGUAUACCUGAGCUGUGCAGCCGUAUAGCUCUGGUAAUAGACGGUGACACUAUUACGCCCAAACGGCAACUCUCUGGUCAUGGGAAUCGCCUGUUGAAGACAAUUAAGAGUUACCAUGGCGGUCAAUCAUCAGAUUCUCCCUGA